GCGACUGCAAUAAAUUUUGAACCUUAAUGUUAGAGCAGGCAAGGAAAGUUGAAACGAGAGUGAAUAGUCGAAAACGAACUUUCUCACACCACGCACACUAGAUGACGUGUCGUACCUACCGCUAUAUAAAUACACAAUCUGCCGGUUCCCAUUUUUGAUUUUUGAUUUUUGACUUCAACAGCCUCCGCUCUUCUUCGAGCGGGAACACGACAUUUUUACCUCUUGCGUCUCUCUCGCCCUAUCUCCUUUCGCUGCAUGUAUCUCUGCUCCUAGGGUUUUGAAUAUCCUCUUCCUUUUGCAAUUCGCGGUGACCAACGCCAUGAAUCUGCUCCACGGCUCCAAGGUUUGGGUCGAGGACCGGGAUUCUGCCUGGCUGCCAGCUGAAGUGCUCGAUUCCGACGGUAACAAGAUUCUGCUACUAACUGAUUCCGGCAAGAAGGUGUUUGCUUCCAAGGAGAAACUGUUCCCGAGGGAUGCUGACGAAGAGGAGCAUGGUGGAUUCGAAGACAUGACGCGGUUGGCGUACCUGAACGAGCCUGGAGUUAUGUUCAAUCUUCGAAGAAGAUACGCGUUCAAUGAUAUCUAUACAUAUACAGGCAGCAUUUUAAUAGCCGUUAAUCCGUUCACAAAGCUUCCACAUUUAUAUGAUUCCCAUAUGAUGGAGCAAUAUAAGGGAGCUCCAUUGGGUGAGCUUAGCCCACAUGUUUUUGCUGUCGCUGAUGCAUCAUACAGAGCAAUGAUGAAUGAAGGUAAAAGUCAAUCUAUCUUGGUUAGCGGCGAAAGUGGUGCUGGAAAAACUGAGACAACAAAAUUGAUCAUGCAGUAUCUUACCUUUGUUGGUGGACGUGCUGCUGGUGAUGAUAGAACAGUUGAACAACAAGUUCUUGAAUCCAAUCCACUUUUAGAGGCGUUUGGUAAUGCAAGAACUGUUAGGAAUGACAAUUCGAGUCGUUUUGGGAAGUUUGUUGAAAUUCAGUUUGAUUCAAAUGGUAGAAUAUCUGGUGCUGCAAUUAGAACUUACUUACUGGAAAGAUCACGAGUAGUGCAGAUAACGGAUCCAGAGAGAAAUUAUCACUGCUUUUAUCAGUUGUGUUCAUUUGAAAGGGAUGCAGAGAAGUAUAAGUUAGGACAUCCGAGUCACUUCCACUAUCUAAAUCAAAGUAAAAUCUAUGAAUUAGAUGGUGUAAGCAACUCAGAAGAAUAUCUCAAGACAAGGAGGGCAAUGGAUAUUGUUGGCAUUAGUCACCAGGAUCAGGAAGCCAUAUUUCGUGUCUUAGCAGCAAUUUUACAUUUGGGAAACAUUGAAUUUUCUCCUGGAAAAGAGCAUGAUUCAUCGGCAGUAAAGAAUGACAAAUCAAGAUUUCAUAUGCAGAUGGCUUCUGAUCUUUUCAUGUGUGAUGUAGACCUACUGUUGGCAACAUUGUGUACUCGUUCAAUACAAACUCUUGAAGGAAGUAUUGUCAAGGCCCUUGAUUGCAAUGCUGCUGUUGCUGGCCGUGAUGCUUUGGCGAAAACUGUUUACGCUCGUUUAUUUGAUUGGCUUGUUGAUAAGAUCAAUAUGUCUGUUGGGCAAGACAUCAAUUCCAAGAUACAGAUUGGAGUUUUGGAUAUUUAUGGUUUUGAGUGCUUUAAGGAUAAUAGUUUUGAGCAAUUUUGCAUCAAUUUUGCAAACGAAAAGCUUCAGCAACAUUUUAAUGAGCAUGUGUUCAAGAUGGAACAGGAUGAGUAUGGCAAAGAAGAAAUUAACUGGAGUUACAUUGAAUUUGUAGAUAACAAAGAUGUUUUAGAUUUAAUUGAAAAGAAACCCAUUGGUAUCAUUGCUCUGUUGGAUGAAGCUUGUAUGUUUCCAAAGUCGACUCAUGAAACAUUCUCAACCAAGUUGUUUCAGCAUUUCCGAUCUCACCCUAGGUUGGGAAAGGAAAAGUUUUCACAAACCGAUUUUACUAUUUCUCAUUAUGCUGGAAAGGUGAGUACUAGUUACUGGACUUUCUCCUGAUUCAGACACAAGUGACAUUUCCAAUGUUUAAGGAGAUCGUCUACUGUUUUUAUGUAGGUCACGUAUCAUACAGAUACAUUUUUAGACAAAAAUCGGGAUUAUGUUGUAGUAGAACAUUGCAAUCUCUUAUCUUCUUCAAAAUGCCCUUUCGUUUCUGGUCUAUUUCCUUUGCUAUCUGAAGAAUCUUCAAGAUCAUCAUACAAGUUUUCUUCUGUAGCUGCUAGAUUUAAGCAACAACUUCAAGCACUCAUGAAGACCCUAAACUCAACAGAGCCUCACUACAUACGAUGUGUGAAACCAAAUUCUUCGAAUCGACCACAACAAUUUGAAAAUGCAAGUGUCAUACACCAGUUACGCUGUGGGGGUGUCCUUGAGGCUGUUCGGAUAAGUCUGGCAGGUUAUCCCACUCGAAGAACUUACUCAGAGUUUGUGGAUCGUUUUGGGUUGAUAGCUUCUGAAUUUAUGGAUGGAAGGUGAGUUCAUUAAAUUAAUUUUCAGAGUUACCUGUUUAGUAUUAAAUGGCUCCAUAGCUUGUAUUCCGUGAUUUUCUGUGGUUUUCAAAGCUAACUCGUGAAGCUGUAUCUGCCAAGAAGUUUAUUUUAUUGGUCUUGUACUAGUAGUACUUGUACUCAUUAGUAUAAAUGGAAUUAUUAGGUUAAAUUUGUAUAACACCUUUAACAUCAUUAAAUCAUAUCAAUAUCAUCCAUCUGAUUGAGUAUUCAU